CACUGCCCACUGGCCACCCAGCAGACGUCCAUGCCGGCUGGCUCUGGAGUGAGAGGGUCCUGGGGUGGACCCGAUGCUCAUCACCCAGAGCCAGGAUAGGCCAUGGGUGACCAGGCCAACCUUCCCAGGGCAGACUAGGUGAGUCCAGUCACAGGUUUCUAGUCCCUUCCUGCUCCUGGGCUCCCUCUUGGCCCCACAGCCACACAGGGGAUGGCGCCUCUGACCAGUGACGACCGAGACACACAACUCUGGCAGAAUUUUCCACCGGUUGACCUGCUCUAGACGAUGUUACAAGGGCAACUGGUCCAGUCAACAGGAAAUGAUCCCAGAUAGAGGGCUGGAGAGUAGGGUGGCCAGAUUUAGCAGAUGGAAAUAGAGGACACUCAGUUAACUCUGAAUCAGAGAAGCAACGAAUACUUUUUUUUUAGUAUAAGUACGCACCAUGUAAUAUGCAGUAUAGGACAUACUUAAACUAAAAAUUCAUUCAUUGUCCAUCUGAAAUUCAUCUGGGUUUUACGUGGAAACCCCAGUGGAGACGCAGGACAUCACAGAGCUACAGAAAGAGGCUGUCGGUGAAUGGAUCCAAACAGAACAGCAGGAAUGGUGUACACGGGGCUAGACCGUCCGGAGAGCUGGAUGCCCGACCAGAGCCAGAGCUGGGAGGACAUGGAGGGGGAGGACACGGAGGAUGUGGAGGGGCCCCAAGGCCUGGAGGAGGACGAGAUUUCCCCCAACACCUGGAAGGUGAAGGCGAUUUCACCUCUAGACUGACUGCUAAGGGAAAAGGAAUGCAGCAAAUGACUUCCAAACGCAAGAAGGAGGAAACCAAACAUCCUCACUUGAGCCAAAGAAGAAAGAAAAGUCCUGUGUCAGGAGCACAACGACUCUUCCGGCAAAGGGCUCCAGGCCCAGGCGCCAUCACCACCGACUUCCACUGAUGAUGGCCAAGGAGGAAAUAAUGCAAAUUCCACACAAAACUCUUCUGACAAAAGAAUAAGGGGGCAUGCCCUGGCUCAUGAGGCCAACACAACCUUGAUCUCAAACCUGGCAUGGACACUGUGAGAGGGGACGGUGCAGGCCACCCCACCCUCAAGCAUCCAGGCAAAGGCCCCAAAUGCAGCACAAGCAGGUGGAAUCCAGCAAGACACAAAGAAGUUACAUGGUACGACGGGCAGGUUGGGCGUAUUCUGGAAAUGAAGCUUAGUUUACCAUCUGAAAAACAAUCAGUAUUUUCACCAUGUGAACAGAAUAAAGGAGAAAAAGCACCGAUCAAUUUCAACAGCAGCUCAAAAGGUACUUAAUAAGAUUCAACAUUUGUUUACUAUUCAAAAAAAUCUAUUAGCAUGCUAAGAGCAGAAAGAAAUUCUGUAAUCUGAUAAAAGGUAUCCACAAAAAUCCCUACAGCAAAACUUACUGAGCAUGAACAGUGAAAGUAAGAUCAGGAAGAGGACAAAGAGGCCCUUUACGGUCAGGUCCAUAAGUCACGGUGCGAGAGGUCCCAGCCACGCUGCAGGGCAGGAAAAAGAAAUGAGAGCCACAGGGCCUGGAGAGGGAGGGUAAUAUUCUCCUUACUCACAGAGAAAACACCUUUUGUGUAUGGAAAAUCCAAAAGAAUCUACAGAUGAGUUCCGCAACUUGAAAAGUGAGUUCAGCAAGGUUGAUGGGUUUAUGGUAUCAGAAAUCAAUUAUAUUUCUAUUAGUGACAAAAAAUUAGAAAAUAAUUUUUUGAAAGAUUCCAUUUAAACAGUAUCAAGUGCUCAAGAAUAGUUCCAACGAGAGGAGAAGGACCUCCACGUGAAAAACCUCAGUUAAAACCUUACAGACCGAGACCAAAGACCUAAACUCCUUAAUGGGGACCUAAACUUCCCCUAGAUGGGGAAGGAUACGGCCAUGGAUUUUGGAAGGUUCCAUGUUUAAAAUAGCACUUCCUCCUAAAAUAUAUCUGUAGAAUCAAUAAAUCCCAAUCAAAAUUCUAACAGGAUUUUUUCGUGUGAACUUGACCAGCACUGUAAGUUCUAUGGAAGGUGGGGAGACACGAACACACGUGACAUCUUGAGAAAGAACAAAGCUGUCCAGCUUGUUACACAGCAGCAGAAACUAAGUCACGUGGUAUUGAUGUGUGGUAGACAAAGACCCACGUGAAACACCCUACACACAUGGACCACGGGUUUAUGACAGAGAUGAUGCUGCAAAGUUGGGGAUGGCCAGCUUUCAAUAAACAGAUGUCCACAUGGGAAACAGUGAACCCGAUCCCUGCCUUACACCACACGGAGAAACUCCUCCAGGCAGAUAAUCCUAAAUUAGAAAAGCAUCUUGAAGAUAAUAUGGGGGAGUAUUUUCCUGGUGUCAGGGAGGGAAAGAGCUCCUCAAUAUAACAAAUAAAUACUAACCAUAAAAGGAAAUAUUGAUAAAAGGACUACAUUAAAAUUAAGAAAUUCUACUCAUCAAAACACAGCCUUCAAAGAAUGGAAACAGAAACCCAGACACGGAGAAGACAUUUGCAAUCCAUAAAUGACAGGGGGCUUGUUGCGGGUCCGACAAGAAGACAUGCCCAAGUCCUAACCCCCAGGAGCUGUGAACGAGACCUUAUUUGGAAACAGGGGCUUUGCAGCUGGCAUCAGGUUAAGAUGGGGCUGUACUGGAUUAGGGUGGGCACUAAUCCAAAGACUGGUGUGCUCAUAAGAAGGGGGAAAUUUGGGCACAGACACACACAGGCAGGAGGCCGUGUGAAGAUGGAGGAAGAGACUGGAGUGAGGUAGCCACAAGCCAAGGGACACCUGGAGCCACCAGAAGCUGGAAGAAGCAAGCAGAGCCUCCCCACAGAGCCUCGAAGGGAGCGUGGUCCUUCCGACAUCCUGAUUUGUGACUUCAGGCCUCCAGAGCUGUGAGAGAAGACAUGCCUGUGGUUUAAGCCCCCAGUCGUGGUGAUUUGGUACAGCAGCCCAAGGAAGCCAGCAUAUGGCAGAUAUCUAAAACGCACAAAGAACAUCUCAAGUUGGUAAAGAAAAAGACAGAUAACCCAAAAGAAGAAUGGACAGACAGGAUUUCAGAUGGCCACGGAUACUGACAAGGUGCUCACCCUCAUUAGGAACCUUCCUCCUUGAGGAAGACAAAUUAGAACCAGCAUGAGGACACUCUUUGAAGCCCACCAGAACCAGGACAGCACAGGGAGCAAAGACGCCACGUGGGAGGGCAACUUGCUCUGUCUACUGACAGCAAGCCUGGGACCAGCCCCGCUCCUGUGGACACCCAGUGGAAAGGUGGGCGUGCACGAGCGUGUGCAGCAGCACUGCUCCCGCAGAAGUGCACACCACGACGUCAUCCAGCAUCGAACAAGUAAACGGCAUUCCUACACCUGAGUCCGCUGGAGCGACGGAGGUGAGCCAACUCCAGCUAUAAACAGGAACAUCCCUGAAUCUCACAAAAACAGCAUUGGUGGAAAGAAGCAAGGCAUGAAGGAAGGUUCCAGAACAGGCAAACACCAGCCGCGGCGUUUAGGAACCAGUCGCCCUGUUAGGGGCGUGCGCUCCGUGGGUCCAGGCCAAGGGGAGACUGGGUGGCCCUGCCCUGGGAGGAGGGGAACAGCUUCAGGGCGGGGAUGGGGUUUUAGUCUUCACCGGGAUGGCCGAUGUCUGGAGAUUCUUAUGACAAAUCAUUAGGCUGUAUGUUUGUUUUAUGUUCUCUUCUGAAUAUUCAUUAUAUUUCAAAACAAAAAUAGAUUAAAAACAAAACCAACACCCAAAGGACAGCAGGCUGGCAGCAGAGGCACAGCCGCCCCACGCCCUCCCCCAGGACGACCUGAUGUUCUGCUGAGCACAGCCGGGUUGCGGCUGGGCAGUGGGGCUGUCUCCCACCACUUCCUUGUGGGGUGAAGAGUAAAGCCCCAAGGCUUGUGCUUCUGCCCUGGCCUCUGAAUGUGGCCGCUCCGCACCACUGCCUGCAACCUGCCCCCCUCAGCAAAGACUGCUGUGCUCCUGAACCCCCAAACUCCUCUCCUAGAGUGACCUCACCAUGCCCAAGCACCUCCCACUGUAAGGGCCCGCUGGCAGGGACCACUCUCACCCGGCGGCCAGGCCCGCUUCCGGCUCCAGGUGUGGGUGGGCCGGUGGGGAUGCAGAGCGGGAGCCCUGCCCAGCGGCCAAGAAAUGCACAGGAGAGAGAGUGGAAGGCGCUGAGCAGGCAAGCCAGGGCUGUGUAGGGCGCGUGGGAUGGGGUGGAGCUGGCCACUGUGCGGCAGGCAGCAAGCAGCCGCCCGCUGCUCCCUGGAGGAGGGUCCUCUUGGGGCCUGAGCUGAGCCCUUCCUUGGAUGUGCGCACCUGACCCGGGCCCUUACAGACCAGCAAAGCACCCCCCACUCCCACCCCUCAGGCUGAGGCUCUUCCUGAGGUGGGCCAGGCCCGGGCGGCCUGGGCUCAGCCUGGAGAAGAUGCGCGGGCAUCUCGGCGCCUGCCCCAGGCGGGCGGGCAAUCGGGCAGUCAUUCUUCACGCCGCCUUGCAGACGAAGCCCGCGCUCGGUGAGGCGGAGACAGACGGGCAGCCAUCAGAACACCAAUGUAAAAAGGUCGGGGGUCCAGUGCGGGAAGACAGGAGAGCUCGACAGCGCAGAACUUUCCAAGAACGGGAUCAUGUCACCUGCAAAUAAAGACAGCUUUACUUUUCCAUUCCAACUCAAGCAUCGUUUUCUUUAUUUCUUGCCUUGUUGCCCUGGCUGGACUCUCCAGUAUGAUGUUGAAUAGCAGUGGUGAGAGGAGAUGCCCCUUUCAGCCCCAGCCUCAAGGAGAGAACGCUCAGUCUUUCAACAUCAGGUACGAUGUUUGCUGCAGGUUUUGGUUCAUGCCUUUUCACCAAGUUUAUGAAGUUCCCUUCCAUUCCUAGUUUGUUGAACGUUUUUUAUCAUAAAUAUUGAAUUUCGUCAGAUUCUUUUUCCAUGUCAAUUAAAAUGGUUGUCAAUACAAUAAUCAAUAAUCAUUCUAUAAUAAAGAGAAGAAGAGAGUUCUAUUUGAGCCAAACUGAGGACUGUAGCCCAGGAGUGGCAGACUUCCAAGGGAAAAAUGUGCUCCUUAAAAUUUUUAGCACAGUUAUAUACCAUUUCAAAACAAAGAUACAUACAUCAAGGAUGACAGGGGUCCAUUCCUUCAAGGGUUCAAGGAGCUGUUUGUUACGGAUUAACGUGUGCACAACGGGUCAACAUGCCCCUGGCAUUGUGGGAAGGGAGACGUUUUCAAAGAGCACUGGCACUGUGAGAAGGGAGGCGUCGAUUCUCCUCUUCGAGGAGCACAUUCUUUCCUUUAGGGCAACGGCUGAAGCAGAUGUACCAUGUAUGUCUGUAUGUCUGACAGGCUGUAAGUCAGGCAUCUUAGUUUCAAAUAAAAUUCAGGUCAAAUCAAGUGCAAACCAGGAUGGCUUCCCCAUACACCUCAAUAUGUAAGAAUUUCCUAAUAUCGUGGUCAUGUGUCUUUGUCCUUCUUUCCAUCAGUAUAGCAUAGUAUAUUAAUUCAUUUUUUGAAUAUUAAACCAACUCUGCAUUCCUGGGAUAAAUUCCUCCUUAUGUGUUGCUGGAUUUAGGUACUAUUUUGUUGAGGAUUUUCGUGUCAGUGCUUGUGAGGAAUACUAGUCUGUGGUUUUCUCUUCCUCUCAAUGGUUUUGUCUGCCUCUGGAAUCAGGGUGACACUGGCCUCGUGGCAGGAGUGUUCUCGCCCCCCCUCGCUCUUGUUGUGAAGACUGAUGUCACUGCUCACACAUUUCCUGCCGGCCUCCGGCGCUCCCCAGAAGAAGUCAGCUGUUGACCGCGUUGCUGGUGCUCUGCGCAGCAGACUAGAUCUUCUCUUGAUACUUUCAGGAUUUUCUCUUUAUUGUUGGGUUUCAACAGUUUAACUAUGAUAUGUCUUUGUUUUAUCCUACUUGGGGCUCACUGAGCUUAUUGGAUCUGGAAACAAAUGCUACAGAUUUGGAAUGGUUUUAGCCAUUAUUUAUGGGAAUAUUUUUUUCUGUCCCUUUCUUUCGUCUCCUUCUAGGAUUGUGCAUGUAUGUGUGGUGGGUGUAUGUGUGUGUUUGUGGUUUGCGUGUGUGCGGUGUGUGUAUUUGAAUGUAUGAGGCUUGUGUGUAUAGAGUGUGUGGUGUGUGUAUGUGGUUUGUGUGUGUGGUGUGGACACACGUGUGUAUCUAGUUUGUGUGAGGGGUGUGUGUAUGUAAGUGUGUAUGUGUCUGUAUGUGGCUUGUGUGUGUGGUGUGUGUGGUACGUCUAUGUGUGUGUGUGCUUGACACGUGUUAUCUCACAGGUCUCAGAGAUGCUAUUCAAUUUUGUUCUCUUUUUUCUCUUUUCUUUAGAUUGGACAAUUUCCAUUGAUCUUCCUUUGAGUGCUGAUCUAAUGUAAAGAUAGUACACACUUACACACGUCUUCCAGUAAGCCCGCUAGUGAAUUUUUAAAUUUUAGUUACUGUUUUUUUCAGUUCCUGAAUUUCCAUGUGAUUCUUUUAAAAAUUCUGUUUAUUAAGAUUACUUAGUUAAGUCAUUUCCUCACACUUACCUUUAAUUCUUUACACAUGGUUUCCAUUAAUUUUUGUCUACUAAGUCCAACACUUGGGUCCACUCAGAGAGAGUUUCUAUUACCUGCUUCUCUCUGAAUGUUGAUCACACUUUUCCUGUUUCUUUGCCUGUCUUAUAAUUUGGGGUUGAAAACACUUUUUAAUUGGCCGUCAAUUAUGACAGAUGUGCCACCUAACGCAAGCUGUUAAUCGCAGGGGAGCAGGCUCGGGGUGAGGGUAUGUGGGAACUCUGUACUUUCUGCUUAGUUUCUCUCUAAACCUAAAAUUGCUCAAAAAAUAAAGACUGUCAAUUAAAAAAACAAAGCUAGAUGUCUUAGACUGUAUAUGGUACGGUCUGAUUCUGACAUUUUUCCCCUGAGAGUGGUGGUGGUUUGUUUGUUCGGCAAUUUCCCUGGACUGACUCUGUGGACCCUUGUGGUGUGGGGACCUGAUCUCUGCCCAGUCUUCCUUCUCCUGCUCCUUGCUGUCAGCCUGGCUUCCCAGGGGUCACCAGCGUCUGCACAGGUCAAGGCUGUGCUCGCCUCAGGCAGCUUGGGGAUCCCACCCUCUGCCAGCCCUGUGCGGCUGGGGAGCCCACUCUCCGCAGUUGGGGACCCUGUCGAUGUCAGGGCAGUUUCUGAGGCCGCCCAGGCUUUCACUUCCGUGGGGCCCUCUCCCAUCUCCUCUGCAGGUGUGCCCAGGCUUGUGGUGACCCAGGUGUGGAGCUGGCCCGUGCCCCCUCUUGCAGUCAGCCAAGGGCACCAAGGAAGCCAAAGCCCCGCCCCCUGCCCCCUCACCCUGACUGACCCAUUCCCAGUCAGGGCUGGGGGCCACCAGGGCUCCAAACCCUCCUUCCGGAGCCACUGGUCUUCCUGCUGCCUGCCCUGUGGAGCUACUGUGCCCACUGACCUAGGGUUGGGGUGGGAGCAGCCCCCCAAAAGAAAGCCACUCGUGUCCUCUGUUGUCCCCCAAGGCUCCGGAGCUCAUCUGAGCACUCUGUUCUCAAUUGCUCCUGUGCUGUGGGUCACCUUCUGGAGCUCUGCAAUGGUUGCGGGGUGCCUGGAGUGGGCGCAGGCGUGUGUGGGGUGAUGGGGGAGGUAGAGCUGAGUCAGCUCUGUGCUGAAGUGGGUGGUAGACGGGUCAAGGGGCAGGUUGUGGGUGUGACAGACAGGUAGGGUGGGGCCCGCUGGGUGGACUCAGUCACCUGGCCCCUGACCUCUGUCCGGACACGCCCACAUGGGGGCCAUAAAACCCAGAGAGGCCUGGGCAGGGCAGUGCAGGCCAGGCGUUUAGAUUCCUGGGCGCCAGCUGCCUGGACCUGGAACUACGGCCCCCCAAGCACCCUCUGCACUGAGAAGCGCUUCCAACAUGAGCAGGCUCCUCCUGGUCACCAUCCUGGUGGCUGUGCUGCUGCAGGAGGCAGGCACGGCCUCAGUAUCCCAGGUCCUCUUCAAGACCAAAGGCAGAGGCAGGGCCCUGGAGCAGCACACAGAGGUGGUCUGGGGCGCCCGAGCCGUGGAGCCUCCGGAGGAAGAUGACCAGCUCACGCGACUGCUCCUCUCACUGACACUGUCCCCCAUCCAGGAAAAGCAGCAAGGCACCAAGGGCCGGGCAGGAACGAAGGAUAUCCUGGGUGGCCUCCGGAGCCCCAGGAGGGGCCCUGAGCCCGACUAUGACAGCUUGUACCAUCCCCCACCUGAGGAGGCCCAGGAGGAGGCAGGGCCCCGGUCUCAGGUGCUGCUGUCGCGCCAGGUGCUUCGGGGGCCAGAGGAGGAUCGAGACCACAUCUACCACACUAGCGGGGACUCCUGAGGGUGCUGACUCCUCCCCAAUGGGAAAAAUAAACUGCAAAGAGGCCAAGUGUUUCUUAUGAACAGUGA